UUCCUCCGAGCCUUUUCUGCAGAGAUGUCGGGACGCGGGAAAGGCGGCAAAGGCCUGGGCAAAGGUGGGGCCAAGCGACACCGCAAGGUCCUCCGAGACAACAUCCAGGGCAUCACCAAGCCCGCCAUCCGGCGUUUGGCUCGGCGCGGUGGCGUGAAGCGCAUCUCGGGUCUCAUCUACGAGGAGACUCGCGGCGUCCUCAAGGUUUUCCUCGAGAACGUGAUCCGCGAUGCCGUCACCUACACGGAGCACGCCAAGCGCAAGACGGUCACGGCUAUGGACGUGGUGUAUGCGCUCAAGCGCCAGGGCCGCACUCUUUACGGCUUCGGCGGCUGAGCGGGCUCCCUCCUGUGCCUAGGCCUCCUUGACGGUCUGCUCUCAUCCACAAAGGCCCUUUUCAGGGCCCCCAAAGCAUCAAAAAGGAGCGGUGGACACUUGUAGUUUCACUGGGUUACGUUUACGAGCGCCUAGCUAAUUGUAAUCCGCUUGCUUUGUCUCGUAUGCAAAUUUGGCCUCCUGGGCGCACUUUCUCAUUGGACGCUGAGCCUGGUGGCUCCGCCCACCAUCUGGGGAGCGCUCAGGUUUCCUGAGUGCAUCUGUAUGGGUCGUUUUUCUUGGUGCCGUGGGGUGUUUGGCUGCGAGGGUGCCACUAGACGUCGUAGGGUGCAGCCUCUAACGGACGUACUUGAAAGGGAAAAAAGUUGACCCACGUUCCUGUUUCUCUGCCUUAAAGAGGAUUGGAGGGCAAGGGGAGCACUAGGGCGUCUACCAUUUAGUUCAGGCUGGUAUAAACCUCUGUGAUCCUUCUAUUUGAGUUUGCGCAGACCAUAAGCUGAGUCCACAGACCAUAUGUGCUUCAUUUUUAAAAUUCUAAGUCUUCAGAGUAGGUAAAUUACAGCCCUUGCUGCUCCUUCAAAGGACA